CGGAGGUGCAAAGAGAUCGCUUAAUGCCGACAGAAUACGGAGGCGAGGUUGGGUGGAGUGGGGGUUUAAUUACGGGUCUGUGUUCACACGACACGUCUAACCCGCGUUUCCCGAGUCUGCACAAUUAAACCGCCCAGCAGGCUUGGCAUAUAGGCUGGGAGCUUGCAAAGCCCCCUCGACAAAACAAGCAAGCCAAUUCCCACAGGCGAAUGAAGAUUUCGCGUGUUGGCAACCCGGGUUGUACACGGAGCGAUUUUAUUCAGACGUGACAGCGAAACAAAUGGGGGCGGGCGCGGCGUGAUUUGGUUGCGCAAUUUCCGCCUCUGCAUUCCGGGGAGGGGGGGAGAAUCUCCUUCGAGUGGACCCGGUUGGGUCUCCGGUUCCUGCGCACGUCUGAAUCCAGGCUUUUCUCGAAGAGGCUGGUUCGGCUUUCUCCCGGGAUCGGGCCUGCGGAGAGCGAAGCAAGGCGAGCUUCCCAAGGACGGGAAAAGAACCGGAAAAGCCAGCGGAGGUUUUGAAUUGCGCGCGUCCCCGCCAGCUCGUUGCGCAGACAACCCUCCGUUUUGCAAAAGGAGGCGGAAGAGGAGAAGUGGUUGGGAAAAAAAACCAGGAAGGAAUGUCGUGCCCUGGAAUGAACAACAAAACCACUUUGGCCUGAGUGAUGGAGAGGGGGAAGUGUCUGAUCCUUGAGAUGGAAGAUUCUCAUCACCUUCCUUUGGAAAAGCAUCCCAGUCCAGCUAAGGGCAACACGGAACCUUUUCAUUCAGUAGAGGACAGCUGCAACUUUGAAGAUUUCAACUGGGACGAAUACCUGGAAGAAUCAGAAUCUACUGCAGCUCCACAUUCUUUAUUUAAGCACGUGGAAAUCAGCCUCCAGAGCAGCUUACAGCCUGGCAUGAAACUGGAGGUGGCCAACAAGCACAACGUGGACACUUAUUGGGUGGCCACCACCAUCGCCACGUGUGGCCAGCUGCUGCUGCUGCGCUAUUGUGGUUACGAAGAUGACCGCCGAGCUGAUUUCUGGUGUGACGUGAUGACGGCGGACCUCCACCCGGUGGGCUGGUGCACGCAGAACGGGAAAGUGUUGAUGCCGCCCGACGCUAUCAAAGAGAAAUACUCGGACUGGACGGAGUUCCUCAUACGUGAUUUGACGGGCUCACGAACGGUGCCUGCAAAAUUACUAGAAGGCCCUCUGCGAGGGAAAAACGCUGUAGACCUCAUUACGGUGGAUUCCUUAAUAGAGCUGCAGGACGACCAGAGUCCCUUUCAGUUCUGGAUAGUGAGCGUGGUGGAGAAUGUCGGCGGAAGAUUGCGCCUUCGCUAUGCGGGAUUGGAGGAAAUGGAGACUUAUGAUCAGUGGCUGUUUUACUUGGAUUGUAGACUUCGACCGGUGGGCUGGUGUCAGGAGAAUAAAUACCAGCUAGAACCACCUGCAGAAAUCUCUUCUCUGAAGACGACGUCUGAAUGGCGGACAGCCCUCACCACAGCUCUGACCGAGGCAGAGAAACAUUCCCUUCCCAUGGAAGUCUUUAAGGAUCACGCCGAUCUGAGGGAGCACUCGUUUACAGUUGGGAUGAAGCUGGAAGCGGUGGAUCAACGGGAACCAGCGACAAUUUGCCCAGCUACUAUAACCAAGGUUUUCAACCACCAUUUCGUGCAAGUCACUCUUGACGACCUCCGUCCCGAACCACACAACACCGCGAUGCUUUGCCAUGCUGAUUCCUUGGGCAUCCUGCCGGUGCAGUGGUGCCUUAAAAAUGGAGUUCAUCUCACCCCUCCCAAAGGUUAUUCUAAUCCGGAUUUUGACUGGGCAGAUUACCAGAAGCAGUGCGGAGCGGAGGCAGCUCCCGAGUGCUGCUUCAGAAAUGCUUCCUGUAGUCGAGCUUUUAUGAAAAGCAUGAUGCUUGAAGCGGUGAACCCCCAGAAUCCAGCCGAGAUCUGCGUGGCAUCGGUCACUUUGGUAAAAGGCCGGCUAAUGUGGCUUUUUUUUGAAGGUCUAGCGCACAGCCCUGCUUCCGAAUAUAUAGUGGAUGUUGAAUCAAUGAACACCUUCCCUGUGGGCUGGUGCGAAGCAAAUGGCUACAAGCUCUUGGCACCGCAUAAAAACACCGUGCAAAGGAAGAGAAAGGUUGCCAUAGUCCAGCCGGAAAAGCAGAUAAUAGCGGAAGUGCCUAUUGAGAAAAUUCAGAAUCCUUACCGGCUUCCCCAGACGGACAGGAUGGGAACCGUCAAUGGGAGGUACAAUUGCCUCAUGCUCUUCAUCAACCACCGCUGUUUCUCUGGCCCACAUCUCAACAAAGGCAGGUUGGCAGAACUGCCGCAGUCCGUCGGGCCAGGCAAAUGUGUCCUGGUCCUUAAAGAGAUCCUUCGUAUGGUGGUCAACUGUGCCUACAAACCCAGAAGCAUUUUGCGAGAGUUGCAACUUGUCGAUGACUCCAGGUGGAACUUUCAGGAAGAGAAUCUCAAAGCAAAAUACCGAGGGAAAACAUACAGGGCAACGGUCAAGAUAGUUCGUACGUCUGACCAGGUCCCCGAUUUUUGCCGGAAGGUGUGUGCGAAACUGGAAUGCUGCCCCAAUUUAUUCAGCCCUCUCCCGGUCACGGAAAACUGCCCUGAAAACUGUUCCAGUCACACCAAAACAAAAUACGCAUACUAUUAUGGAAAACGGAGGAAAGUCAUUAAAUCUUCCCCCAGUGAAGAAAGCACUUACAGCCUGGAGAGCAGACACAACUUGCCUGAUGGCGGGAAAAUGCAGAAACCCAUUUUAACGCUGAAGAGAAGUUGUCCAUCCGCAGCAGAUCUGAACAGAGCAGGAUCGUCAGAGGAGAGUGACGAGGAAGAAGCAGACACCCCGUGGAGCGAGGAGAUCAACCCAGAAUUGCAGGAUGAUCUAACGGAUGCCUCCUCGGAGGAGAUGUCUCUGGCCAUCCCAGUGAGCACAAUGAAGUUACGCAGCAGCAGAGGCUCCAUCCAUGUGGCUCGGCCCGAGAGUGAUGGGCACGCCCCGAAGGCGCUUUCCUUCCUGCGUGCCCAAAGUGAAAGAACCAGGCAGAUCAAGCAGGCUGCAGAAGAGAUGCUCAUUCUGGAGAGCAACCCGCUGGAAUGGACCGUGACCGAUGUGGUGCAGUUCCUUCGGCUGACCGACUGCGCUUCCCUUGCCAAAAUAUUUCAGGAACAGGAUAUUGAUGGACAAGCCCUUCUUCUGCUGACGCUCCCAACGGUCCAGGAGUGCAUGGAACUGAAGCUUGGGCCAGCCAUCAAACUGUGCCACCAGAUUGAACGUGUGAAGCUGGCGUUUUAUGCACAAUAUGCCAACUGACAACACCCUUUGCUUUCUUUUUUUUUUUUAAGGCCUUGCUUGCAAUUCCUGUUUCUCAGCUCCUGGUAUUUGGAAAUAUGGAGCCUCCGUGUAUAUAUAGAAAUGUCCCCAAAAUGAACUAAAGUAAGAUCUUGAGCUGAAGUCAGAAAUCUUUUAAGGUGCUGGGCACCCUUGCGUGAUCAAGAGGUGGUACAACCAGCUUUUAAUAAAAUAAAAGUUUGAAAUCCACCACCAUUACCAGCAAAGCUUGCAAGAUCAACUCUUGCUUCAACUCAUCAGUGAUCCUACACACAAAAAAAAAAAAAAACCAACACCGUCAUAUUCACUCAACGCAUCCCGAAAUAAUUGACUUCUUCAACCAAGUCGUCAUCAGACAUCACUGAAAUCCUGCCAGAUUUGGCCAUUUUGAAGUUUCUGCCUUUAACAAAUUGAACAGUUUUAGGAUAUUUUAAAAAGUAAUUUGGGGUGAAAUUAAGGAACCAAAUGCAGUUUAUGCAUCUAGGUUGUUUUUCCCCAAUGAUGGUGAUUUAUUCCAGACAGUAAAGAUUACAGCGAGUUCUUGAUUUUUAGUGUCCAAUUUCUAAGAAUCAUUUAUCCUUGUUAGGUCUUCACAUCAGUUCAAUACCCCAUAAAUUUUGGGCAUUUUCUUUUUUUAAUAACAUUUUAUUAGUUUUCUGAGUUUACAAUUCAUAAGUGCUUACUAAGCAAUGUGUUGUCUGGGUCCACUUGUUUUACUUAACAAUACAUAUUAAAUUCCUAAUUUCUACCCCGUUUUUCCAGCCAUUGAUAAAAUACAUCCCAUACUUGAAAAUAUUCUGGGUCUUCCUUUUCUUUAAUCUUCAGUGGAAGUCUAUCCAUUUCUGUUUCUAGGCUUUUGAUAGGGAUGUUAAUUUUAUGCAGAGAAGGAAGCAAGUUGCAAAAAAAAAAGAAGCACUGUCCUAUUUGAACAUCCUUCAGGGAUAUAAUCUUCAAUUUCCAGAAUGCUCAGCAGUGGCUACCUUGACUGGAGACUUAUGGGAUUUAAAACUUCACGUGAAAUAGUUGGAAUGACGGAGUGGCCUAUCAGAAUCUUAAUGCGAAAAUGUAUUAUUAUUUUUUUUCUCUCUGUCUAGAAUUACACUUUUUCUCUGCUUGUGGAUCUUUGUUUAAAAUUCCCUUCAAAACCUAAGGCAACAUGGUUGCUGAGAAAUUGGUUGGGCUUCAAUUUUCUGGCUUUUUUAAAAAAAAAUUGUAAGCAUGAAGGAAUGGGCUAGUUUAGGACCGUUGUCUAAAAAAACAAAAGAAAAGAAAAGCAAGUUGUUAAUUUUACCACUUAACAACAAAAGAAAAGAAAAGCAAGUUGUUAAUUUUACCACUUAACAUCAAAAACGUGCAGUUAUGGAUUUAUUGUUUUUAAUUCUUUGUACAGGAUUUUUUAUAUAUGUAAAUAGAGAGACACAAAUCUGCCCGUUAUAAUUUCAUGUAAAUAAGGGGGGAAGGUUUCUAUUCAGAGUUUUAAUAUUUUAAUUUUUAUUCAGGCCGCAUUUUUACUUGAAGAUGAGUUUUUUUAAUAAAGUCCUUCAAAAGCC